GUUUUGAAGCCGUACGGUCACACGAACACGCGAUCUCGCUUCGCUCACUAUUUUUGAAUAAAAAUGUAUUUACUUAGCAGCCGAGUGUGUGUUAAAUGUCCAAGAUGUUACGUUUCUCUUUGUAUAAAAGAAACACAGAGGUGUCAGAGUACUGCAGAGCCUCUUGUCCAGACUAACUUCCUGAAAGGUGCUCCUCAUCGAAAACACCCAGGUGUUACAAACCUCAAAACAGUGCGGCUGCCAGAACAGCUGCAGGAAGCAGCGCUGUCCAUUCUACGAAGGGCGGAGGUAAAAGAUCUGACAGAAAGAGCACAUAAACUGUCGAACUUCCUUUGGAGCCGGAAGCGGGCGGUAGAAACCUCACAGCUCAGGGAGAAAGCCAUUCUUCUCGAGAGGAAAUAUUUGGAUGAAGAGAAUGAUACUCGUACAGAUGUUAUUGACCAUGAACUAGAGGCUCGAAUAAGAAAACAAGUAUUAUCUGAACUGAGAAGAACAACAUACCACAGGUCUCUUCUCAGGUAUGAUAAAGAACUUGGGUUGCUGUAUAUGGCUGCCAGGCUCGCAGGUGGUUAUGCGGCUGUCACCAGAGCAUUAAAUGAGAUAAAGAAGAGAGAUCCUUUAUUUGUACCAUAUUCUCUUUUGGAUUUUGGGUCAGGACUUGGAUCAUGUACUUGGGCAUCACACACCCUUUGGGGAGACUCUUUGAAGGAGUAUGUUUGUGUUGACAGCUCUGGAGACAUGAACAUGUUGGCAGAACAGUUGAUAAAAGGAGGUGAUGAACUGGAUAAUCCAUUGAUCAAAGAAGUAUAUUUCCGCCAGUUCCUCCCUGUUUCUCCUAAGGUGCAGUUUGAUCUGGUGCUAGCUGCUUUCUCUUUGUCAGAGCUAGCCACUCUGAACGAGCGAAUCAAUGUUAUUUACACUCUGUGGAGAAAAACCAACCAAUAUCUUGUCCUUGUGGAGAAUGGAACCAAGGAAGGCCAUCAGAUCCUUAUGGAGGCCAGAAACACUAUACUCAAGGGAGAAGAGCAGGUAACACAUGACUUGAGGAAACCAGCUGUAUUUGCGCCGUGUACUCAUGAGCUGCCUUGUCCCAAAUUGAUCAACCAACCUGUAGUACCCUGCAACUUCCCCCAGUUUUAUUAUUCCCUGCCCUUAUCCAGGAGCCAAGACAGACAGCAGGAGAAGUUCAGUUAUUUAAUUAUAUCCAGGUCAAAUGGAGAGAAAGCUUUAAAGACUGAGGGUUUGGAUAUGGGCAGACUCACGGCACAAGUGCAUCGUAGACCCAGACAUGUUCAGUGUCAGCUCUGCUGCUCCAAUGGAGAACUCAGACAGCUCGCCGUAACGGCACGUCAUCAUGGAAAAAAUAUGUACAGGUGUGCCAGAAACAGUGACUGGGGAGAUCUGCUGCCAGUGUUUCAUGAGGAGGAACACACAGAAAACGAUGAGAAUCUAUGAGGUCAUCUAUUAAAUGUAAUAUUUUGCAGACAAAACAGUUAUGCCUUUGUUGUAUUUAUUUGCAAAUAAACCUGUUUAUCUUUGCAA